AUGGGACAAAGUUGGAACCCUCGUGAUGGAACCCCCAACCUCAGCGGCAAGGUUGCACUAGUCACAGGCGCAAACUCUGGCAUCGGCUUGCACACAGUCAAGCAUCUCGCAUCUAAAGGCGCCAAGGUCUACUACACUGCCAGAUCCGAAGCCAAGGCCAAAGCGGCCAGGGAGGAAAUACGCUCCUUGGCAUCCGAGAUUCCCGAGAACUUACUAGUAUGGCUUCAGCUCGAUCUUGGUGACAUUGGUAGUGUGCUGAAGGCAACUGCAUGGAUGAGGGAGAAUGAGUCCAAGCUUGAUAUUCUGAUCAACAACGCAGGGUUGGCAACAAAAGAUCUCGAAACCAAUGAAGUUGGUUGGGAGACAGCUAUGGCAGUCUGUCACGUCGGCCAUUUCGUUCUCACAAACGGACUUCUCCCGCUCCUCAAGAACGCAGCGGCCGUCAAAGACGCCGAUGUCCGUGUUGUUACCGUCUCGUCGAGCGCGAACCACAUAUUUCUGCCUGCGAAUUACACCUUCGACUUUUCAAGCCCUGCAUUUCUUCGCGGUGAGCUGCCGUAUGAGCCGUGGAAGUACCGCUACGUGCAGAAGCGCAUGUUCAACAUCAACGCCCUACUCUAUAGCAUGGCCAAGCUCGCCAAUGUCUUGUUCGCCCAGGAACUUCAGCGACGUUUCGACCAAGCCAAGAUUCCUAUCUUGUCAUUGUCUAUCAACCCAGGAGCCGUGAAGAGCGACAAUGCUGUGGGCAUCUUCUCCUCUUUCUUGCAGCCACUCAUCAGACGGACUAUGCUGGACUUGGACGAGGGCUCUUUCACGACUCUAUUCGCCGCUACUGCUCCAGAGGUCUGGAUAAAACCCGAGGUGUACAAGGGUAAAUAUUUGGAGCCUUUUGGUGAGGUCAAAGAGCCUCAUCGCGUUGCAAAGGAUUUGAAUCAGGUGCGCGCUUUUUGGGAGACGACAACCAAGGAGGUUGAGAAAUAUCUUUCUCGACGUCAUCAAACAUCACUUUUCGAAUGGUGA